AUGGCUCGUGCCAGGAGUUCACUGCCUGUGUGGGGGAUGGUGUUGUUGGGGGGUGAUGAGGGGUGUUGGGGGGUGAUGGGGGCGUUGCUGGUCAUCUGCCGCCACACUGCACCGUUCCCAGCACCGUUGAACCCCUGCCCUCCUUUUGCUCCGCCCCACCCUCUGUCUUCACUCUCUCCCCUCCACCGCGCUGCCUCUGCGCUGCCACAGCACCGAGCAUUCCCCAGCAGCAGCUACCGCCGCCCACAGAACAGCAACUUGCUUGCCCGCAAAAAGCGUCUCUUCCCCCCAGCAGCGAGCAUUUCUUCCCCAGCGGCGCAACCCAACCGCGCACCUUUCCCCCCAAGCAACGCACCUCCCCCCACCUCCAUCAGCGCACCUCUUCCCCCCCGAGCGCCUCACCCUGGUCUCGCGCAGCAGGAAGAGCGCCAGCCGCUGCCGCACGCGGCGGGGCGGCGGGGAGGGCGGGGCGGCACGCGCGCGGAGUUCGUCAGCCAGCCCGGGCUCGGCGGAGUGCGGCGGGCCCGCGAGGAGGCGCAGAAGCAGCGCGAGCGCCACUCGCGUUCUCUUGCGAUAGGUGAUUGGGCGAAUCCUCAACGGCAGCAACUGUCGUAUCUGUAUGAGGCCGUUUUCCUGCCUCUACUCUCUUUUCCUGCCUCUACUCUCUUUUCCUGCCUCUACUCUCGUUUCCUGCCGCUACUCUCUUUUCCUGCCUCUACUCUCUUUUCCUGCCUCUACUCUCUUUUCCUGCCUCUACUCUCUUUUCCUGCCGCUACUCUCCUUUCCUGCCUCUACUCUCUUUUCCUGCCUCUACUCUCUUUUCCUGCCUCUACUCUCUUUUCCUGCCUCUACUCUCGUUUCCUGCCGCUACUCUCUUUUCCUGCCGCUACUCUCUUUUCCUGCCUCACUAACCCAUCGCUGGGCGUCGAGCCAUGGCCUUCUCUUCCUGCGGCACCUGCCUCUAUCUCGCUAACUGCUUCACUCUCUGCCCCCGUGUUCCCCGAGCGCCAAGCCAUGGCCUUCUCGCCCUGCGGCACCUGCCUCUAUCUCGCUAACUGCUUCACUCUCUGCCCCCUUCCUUCUUCAUAUCACCCUUUCAGGUGUUCCCCGAGCGCCAAGCCAUGGCCUUCUCGCCCUGCGGCACCUGCUCUCGUACUCCCCAUCCUUCUUAUACCACACACUCCUCUUGAAGCCCCCACUCCUCUCUUUCCCUCCACUCCGCAUACACCCCCCACUCCCUUCAAACCUGUUGCCCCGGGUAGAGUUCCACAGCUUGCCGUUGAGAAUCUCGGUUGGACGUUGAUCGUACCGCACUGCGAGGGAGCCAUGGGCAAUCAGAAGGCGGUGCGGUUGAAGCACAAGGGCGUGGAUUUCAAGAAAGUGCGCAGCAAGGUGGGGCGCAAGCUACCGCCGCCGUCCAACGAGACCAAGACCACCGUCAAGGCCAAGACGAUCGUGCUGCCGGGGCAGAAGCUGCUGGACGACCGGUCGCAGGCGGCGGUGUCACAGAGGGGCCACACGCUGCCGGAGCUGCUCGCGCAGUCCGGCCACUACAGCGACAAGGUUCGGCAAGAGUCGCUCGUUCGCCUGCGCGAACUGCUGGCAGCCAAUCCCGACGAGCUGAGGCGCCAUGCUGGCACCAUCCUCGCCAAGCUGGCGCCACGCAUUGCUGACGUGGACAAGAAGACGAGAGACUCCCUCCUGCUGCUGAUGCGUUCCGUGCUCUUCCCGACCAUGCAGCCCGAGGAGCGCAUGGCGCCAUUCUUCACGCUGCUGAUGGGCCACGUGGGCUGUGCCAUGACCCACGUGGCGCCGGACAUCCGCCAUGCCGCGCUGCCAUUCCUCUCAGCGCUGCUCGCCCACUACCCCUCGCUCUUCCGCGCCUCCUCCACCGCCCAGCCUUGUAACCAUUUGACACCGUUCUUCCCUCUUCACAUACGCACCGGCCCAUCGUUAUUGCUUCCUCCUGACGAGUCUUCUCCUCGCACCACCAUCCGUGUCAUCCCCCUGGCCUCCCCUCACCUUCCCCCCCAUCGUCAGGUGGUGGCACAUUUCAGUGACAUGCUCGCCCUCGCGUCGCCCUCUGCGCGCUCCUUCCCCUCCCUCGCCACCACGCUCUCCGCCCUCACCUCCUUCCUCUCCACCGCCUUCCCCCACUCCUCCCCCUCAUCCUCCCCCUCCGCCUCCUCCCCCACCGUCCCAUCCCCCUCCUUCACCUCCUCGCCCUCCCUCACACCGCCUGGCUCCGCGCUCCCUCUGCCCACCUCCCCCUUCACGCACCCACUCCCCACUCUCUCCGCCACAUCCCCCCCUUCCCCCUCCGCCUCCGCCCCCUCCCCCCCCUCCGCCUGCGCGCCCCCAGGGGAGUACAGCUGGCGCCUGGGCGUGCGCCUGCAGCGCGCCCCUCUCCUCUCCGCCCUCCCCCCUGGGGGUAACCAGUCUGGUUACCAUGUGCUCUGGUCACGGGAAUCAGACGGGCCAAUCACAGCCCUCCACGCGUACCGCUCCGCCCUCCCCCCUCCCUCCCCCUCCUCCUCCUCCGCCCACCUCCCCUCUCUCUCACCCUCGCUCCACAGUACCGGACAGGCUCUGUCCGCUUCGAAAGAGACAAAAGCAGCGACAGGGCCGGGAGGGCAGCAAGCAGCAGCAGCAACAGGCAUGGCAGCAGCAGAGGGGGGUAUGGAGGGGCUCAGCCGCCCAGCAGGCAUAGCAGCAGCGCUCAUCCCGCCUGUGCUUGCAGCGGUCACAGAGUGCCUUCCCCUUGUCUCCGCGCCUUCCCCCCACCUGCCCGCUCUCGCCUGCCUGCACUCCGCCCUCUCCGCCCUCCACUCCCUCCUCUCCCUCCACCCCCCCUCCCCCGCGGCCCUCCUCUCUUCCUCAGCCCCUUCCAACUCCUCCUUCCCCUCCUCCCCUUCGCCCCUGCUCUCGGGAUUCACGCCUACCAACUCUGCCGGGUGCCAGUCAUUUUCCUCCAUCUUUCCGCACAUGCCUGAAGCUGCUGCAGGCGCAGCACAGCCAGCUCAGCAGCAACAAUCCCAGCCGCACCAACAUCAGAAUCACCAGCACCAGCAGCAGCAGCAGCAGCAGCAGCAGCAGGGCGGGUACGGGGACGCGCUGUCACGGGUGCUGCACAAGCUGGGCACGGCCUUCCCUCUGCACGCCCCUGCUGGCCUCGCUGCUGGUCGUGCCAAGGGCACCAAAGGCAGCAGCGGUACCGCCGGUGGGGCAGCAGCAGCAGCAGGAGGAGGGCAGCAGAGGGAGGUGGGCGAACAGCUGGCGCUGCUCAACGUGCUGCUCGCUGAAUGCCUCUCUCUCUUUCUCCCUGCCUCCGCUGCCGCUGCUGCUGCUGCUGCUGCUGCUGAUGGGUCCGGUGCAGCUGGUGCUGGUGGGAGGGGUAUGGGGAAGAGGCGGAGGGGUGUGCAAGGGGAGGGGGGAAAGGGGACGCUGGGGGCUGGCGGAGGGGAUGUGCGGGGGGAAAGGGGGACAGGGAGGGGAGCGGUGAGGGGAGACGCGCGGAGGAAGUUACUGGAAGGGAGCAGAUUUGUGAUUCUGAUGAGCGGGGGACGAGGGGGGGAGGGGGGAGGGGGGAGGGGAAGCGGGAGCGAGAGAAGCAAAAGGAAGAAUGGUGAACGUGAGGGCGAGCGGAGGAGAGGAGAUAGGGGCGAUGUCGAGGAAGCAGAGGAGGGUGGGGAGGAAGGGGGGGAAGAGGGGGAGAAUGAGGAGGAGGAGGAGGAGGAGGAGGAGGAGGAGGAGGAGGAGGAGGAGGCGAAGAGGGAGGAGGCGAGGGAGGAGGCGUGGGUGGGGCGGCUGUAUGAGUUCAUGGAAGGCGCGAUGGAGGGCAAGCUGCUUCCUGCUCCCACCGCUGCGCCAAUCCUAUCACGCCACGUCAGCGAGUCCCUUAUCCGCCGCCUCCUCCCUCUCCUGCCGACCCUCCUCCAUUACGCCCCCUCGGCCGCCCGCUGCGCCUCGCUGCUGGGCGGCUUCUCUCGUCUCUUCUCCGUGUCGCCCGCCCGCAGCGCCACCCGGGCUGCCUGCCUGGAUGUGAUGUUUGGGCUGCUGCAGCAACAGGCGGUGGGGGGGGAGGGGGGCUCAGGGGGGAAGGGUGGGGAAGGGAGCGAGGAGGGGGGAGAGGGGAAGAAGGCGAAGAGAAAGGAAGGGAGGCGAGGAGGGGCGAGGGGGGCGGAAGGAUUGCCGGAGAAGGCGGUUGCUGAUUGGCUGACAGCUCUUCCCAGACUGCUCUGGGACAUCGGGGCCUCCCAUCCUGCCACGUCACUGACGGUGCUGCGCCUCUUCUUCCGCAUCGCCUCCAUCUCUCCACAAUCACCGCCCUCCCCCUCCUCCUCCGCCCCACCCUCCUCGUCGUCGCUAUCGGAGCACAUCAGCAGUGUGCAGCCGCUGCUCGUGCCCUUCUUUGCCGCCUCCAUUGCUGCUCGCCCUGCCGCACCAGCCACACCAGCCCCAUCACCCGCAGCAGCAGCGCCAGCAGUCGAAACAGCGGCGGCGGAGGAGGCAGCAGCGGGGCAUCGGCUGGUGGUGGGGCCGUUCCUGCUGCUGCCAGCGCCCCUGCAGGCGCUCUCGCUGGACCUGCUGCUCUGCUUCCCCCGCCUCUCCCUCCCCCUCCUGCAGUCCCUCGCCGUCUGCUGCAUCGCCUCCCACUCGUUACACUCACACUUGUCGGAGUCACAAACCCAGCAAGAGCAGCAGCAGCACAAGGGGCAAGGCAUGGAGCAGGACGCGUCUGAAGUAGCAGCAGCAGCACUGCUGCUGCCACGUGGCAUGCGGUGGUUGGCGGGGAGGGCAGUGGAGGUGGUGGGGGCGGCGCACAGGAAGGGUGCAGUGGGCUUGCCAGAGUACCUUGGCUUCCUCGUCUCGCUGCUGCUCUCCCGCACUCGCACCCACUCCCACCCCGACAUCACCGCCGCGUUCCAAGGGCGAGUGAGGCGGCACGAGGAGGCGGAGAGGCAGCACCACCAGCGGCACAGCCACACCCACGCGGGUCAGGCGGAGCCCAAGGGGGAAUUGAAGAGCUCUCCACUGUCGGAUCUUCCUCGGAGCAAGUCAGCGGGGUCGAGACGGUUCCUGGAAGAUUCUUCGGGGUUGUGUGGCGAGAUAUGGGAGCGGGAGCCGGCAGUGGGGGCGGUGUGUGCCGCUCUCGUGCACGUGCCCGUGGGGGUUGGAGUGGGGGGCGCAGUGGGGGGCAGUGUGGGGGGUGGAGGGGGCGUGGGGGGCCAGGCAGGGGCGUUGAUGGACGGAGCAGCAGUGUUGGACCUCGUCUCACAGCCACUGGCUGCUGCCCUCGUGAGUGCUUGCUUGCUACCCGCCCUGGUGAGUGCUGCCGCCGUGUGCCGUGCUGGUCAUUCCAACGUGGGGCCCUGUCGCUCUCUCUCCCCCCUUCUGCACGCCCCUGCGCUUCUCUUUCCCUCCCAACGCCAUUCCAAAAGCGACCCCUCCACCUCCCCGCCAUGCCUCUACGGCAUCUUCCGUGCCGUCGCUGCCUGCUCCCGCCGCGCCCACCUGCACCCCUUUCCCGCCCCGCUCGGAACCAUGCACGGUGGGGCAGAGGGAGGAGGUGGGGGAGAGAUAGGAGGGAGUAUAGAAGGAGACAAAAGGAAGGCUGCAGCGACAGUAGAGGCUGCAGACGAGUCAAUCUCAGCCACAGCAGCAGCAGACAGCAUUGAGGACACCUUUCCACUCUCUACCCCUCGCCCGCUCCCCUCGCGCCUGCCCUCUCCACCUCCCCCCCCCUCACUGGCGCCCACGAGGGCUUGUCUGCUGUGCGCGCGCCCCUCGCUCGGCCCCACUCUGCGCCUGCUCGCCCUGCACCCCUUCCCCAACCUCGUUUCCCCAACUCUUAUCCCUCUACCUCCGUUACCCCGCCCCACCCCCUUACAGGAGCAUCUCUCCACUUUCUCCCCCUCGCCUGCGCCCACGAGGACGUCUGCUGCGUGCGUGCCCCUGGCUGGAGCAUCUAUCCAUGCUCUCCACCUCCCCCACCCCAUCCCGCCCACGGGGCAAUCUAUGCUGCGCGUGUGCUUCUGGGUGGUGCCCUCCCUGCGCCUGCUCGCCCUGACCCACUUUCUCCUAACCUUGUUUCCUCACCCGCACCCCAUUACAGGACCAUCUUUCUACGCUCUCCGCCUCACCCCCCACUUCACCCUCGCCCACGAGAACAUCUCUGCUGCGCGCGUGCCCCUGGCUGGUGCCAGCGCUGCGCCUGCUCGCCCUGCACCCUUUCCUGCUCGCGCCCUUCCUCCACCUCCUCCUGCCGACCGAGCAGCAAGAGCACGGCGCAGGGGCAGAGGGCGCGGAGACAGAAGGCACAGGAGCCGGGGUGCAGGCAAGGGCAGGCGUGGUGUGUGUGGCGGUGCUGUGGGACCCGUUGGAGCCCCCGCUGCUGCUGCUGGGGGCGGCAGACAGGCAGCGACUCACAGCUGGCCUGUCAGGGCUGAUGGUGAGUGCAUGGGGGGAGGGAUAGAGAGGAAGGGGGAGGGGGGACGUGGGCAUGGGUGGUGCAAGAGAGAGCGGGGUUAUUUGGGAGGGAAAUAG